UGUUAGAAGCGCAACUACUACACGGGCGACGGUCAGCUCCACCACACUGAGUGAAGUAGGGAUGUCUACACUGAACAAGAAGGGGGAGGGAGGUACCACUUUGUCACAGGCUGCUAUGUAGAUUAACCUUUCAAUUAGUAGUUAUCAGGUCCUCUCUGUCUCAGCGCGAGCCUUCAGCGAAUCGUUUAGAGAUUAAAAAUACAAGGAAACCCCCAAUGGAUGUGCCGCCGUAAGUGUUUUUAAGCCGAUCAUCGUUUGGUUUCUGUCAUCGUGAUAAUGAAGAAGACUGUAUCCGAGAAAAAACUUGAAGAGGUGUCUUUUGGAUCUUGAAGGAAUUGUGCGACAGCGUCUGGACGAAUCGUGUUCCAGGUCUAAGGAAUUUACCAACCGUUUUCACCGACUAUUUCGCGUGGUUACAUGAGAUCCACCGCGUUGGAGGAUUUACUUUGGAGAGAGAUUGACGCUGAGGUGGAACAUUACGGUUCGAGCUUCUCCUGAUGUGUUGGAUGUACCAAAUGUUUUCCAACUUCAAGGGGAAAUCUCUAUGGAUCUCUUUCUCCUGAAUCUCAUUGUUUAACCAUGGUAAAACUUGCCAACCCUCUGUAUACGCAGUGGAUUCUAGAAGCAAUACAGAAGAUCAAAAGGCAAAAGCAGAGGCCUUCAGAGGAACGGAUCUGUCAUGCGGUGGCCACGUUGCGUGGCUUGGACAAGCGGACCGUUCUGGAGCAGUUGGAGCUGGGCGUUCAUGAUGGUUCCAUUCUCAAAGUGACCAAUAAGGGGAGUGCGUCGUACAAAGACCCCGAGCACCCUGGAAGAGGAAUAUCUUCGUCAUCGACGUCUUCAUCGGCAACAACGUUAUCAGUAAAACCUUUAAGUGCAAACCCCUCUGUGCCAUCGUUGAAAGGAUCUACAGGAUCUAUUUGGAAUCCAGGUGACCUCCGUCACGUUGAUUGGAAUAAAAUCCUGAGGAGGGCAAUUGAGGGUCUGGAUGAUACCGAUGGCUCUUCUUUGAGGAACAUCGAGAGGUAUUUGAGGAACCAGGAUGAUCUCUCGCAUGUUCUGGACAACCCGGGGUUCCAGCAGAGGUUACGGCUGGCCGCGAAAAGGGCGGUCAACAAUGGGCGACUGUCCAAAAACGGCCCGCGCUACAGGUUGAAUCAGGGUGGGUGUGGACCAGACGGGAGGGGUCAGAGGGGUCUGGGUUCUUCCCCAGUGGCUCUUCCAUGUGUCACUCUUCUUCCACAUGAGAGAGACCAGCGACGCGCUGACCCCAUCCCAAUAUGCAGUUUUUGUUUGGGAACGAAGGAGUCCAAUCGGGAGAAGAGACCGGAGGAGCUCCUGUCCUGUGCCGAAUGUGGAAGCAGCGGGCACCCGUCCUGCCUGAAGUUCUCCUCGGAGCUGACCGGGAAUGUGAAGAGGUUGCGGUGGCAGUGUAUAGAAUGCAAAACGUGUAGCUCCUGUCGAAUACAGGGCAGGAACGCUAGUGACCUAACAGAGGGUGUAACAUCUAUGCAACGACAGCGCAGCCAGCACACAGCCCCACCCAUGACCCCUGUCUCCUUGCAGGACGAGAUGCUGUUCUGUGAUUCAUGUGACCGGGGGUUUCACAUGGAGUGCUGCCAACCGCCCCUUUCCAGGAUGCCAAAAGGGACCUGGGUUUGCCAGGUCUGCAGGCCAAAGGAGAAUGGAAAGAAACUCCUGCAUAAGAAAGCCGAUCAGAUCAAACGUCGAUAUGCAAAGCCAGUCGGAAGGCCCAGAAAUAUGCUCAAACAAAGAAUAUCUCUAAGCGGUGGUGACGGCUCCGUGAUUGGCCGGGGGACAAGGGGGUCACCUGGUAGGGGUCAAAAGCUUACCGUCUGUUCCACACCUUCAUCUGGUCAUGACGCAUCUGUGAAGGACACCACAGACAGAUUGGCUACUGCUACAGCAGACCCCAGAUGGGCUGGUGUCACCCCCACCACCACCCAAUUCACCCCCUCUUCCUCCUCCACCCCCCUCCUCACGCCCUCCUCCUCCACCCCCCGAGCAGCUACACUCACUGUAAACAAGAAAACCAAAGGGCUUAUCGACGGGCUUUCCAAAUUCUUCACCCCCUCGCCAGUUGGCCGUAGGUCACUGAGGGCUGGUGAGACCGUAGACCCUUCGCUCUCGACUGGGUCUCCGCCCAGCUGUCCCGACAGGAAACGGCAGGGCCCGCCUCCGAAAUUGUCGAAACCCAGUCCGUCUCAGUCAGGCGCUCUGCCCCCCUCCGCCCCGUCCCCCUGUGCGCUCCCUCUGCCUCCCCCUCCCACGUUGUCCGGACACAGCCCCAGCACGUCGCAGGUGUCCUCCACCUCAUCCGACUCCCCCCAGAGCUCCUCCAGCCAGUCCAGUAUCCCCUCCUUCUGUAGUCUCUCCAAUCACAACCAACUUAAGGGCCUCUUUGAUGGACUCUCCCAUAUCUACGCUACUCAGGGACUCUCGCGGAAGAAGGGACUGCCUUGCUACGCACCGCCUAAGCGUCGGCAUCUUAAGCAGGACUUAGGUUCUGGUGCCGUCGCGCCCAAAUCGUGUCCCUUCCCUCCCCACGCUUUCCAGCAGCGCCUUGGAAAGAAAGAGACGAUCAGGAACAUGCUGUUGUUGUCAACCCAGUCCUCCUCCCGUCCCGGGCCCGGCCGGCCGCGGGGGCGCCCCUUUAAAGUCUCCGGUCACUUCAGACGUAACCCCUUUUUAAAAAAGCACAGGACGCUAGGCAGGCUAAGAUAUAGAGUGACCCCUGAGAAGGGAACCCAGCAAACCCCAGGAAAGGGAGACUUGACAGACGAAGGAAGAAUUAAGGCAGAGCACGAUCAUGGCUGUGAAGAUGGGCUGAGGGUGAAGCAGGAACCUGGUGGUUUUGUUGCAAUCUCCAGGGAACACGUCACAGAAGAAGACAUCGAGGUUUUCUCACAGGUCCAGGAACUGUCGUCACAGAGAAAUGGAAACAUGAGCAUCACCGACUCUGGAAGAUACCCAGCCGUCAUAGAGUUUGGGAAGUAUGAAAUCCAGACAUGGUACUCUUCGCCUUACCCUCCUGAAUAUUCAAGAUUGCAAAAGCUUUACCUGUGUGAGUUCUGUCUGAAGUAUAUGAGAAGCAAGAACAUCCUACAACGACAUGCCAAGAAAUGUGGCUGGUUUCACCCUCCAGCCAAUGAGAUCUACAGGAAGGACAACCUCUCCGUCUUUGAGGUUGAUGGAAAUGUCAGCAAGCUCUUCUGCCAAAACCUCUGCCUGUUAGCCAAGCUGUUCCUGGAUCACAAGACCUUGUAUUAUGAUGUGGAGCCUUUCCUUUUCUACAUACUUACACAGAACGACGUGAAAGGCUGUCAUCUUGUGGGUUAUUUCUCCAAGGAAAAGCUUUGCCAGCAGAAGUACAAUGUCUCCUGCAUAAUGGUUCUGCCUCAGUACCAAAGGCAAGGCUUCGGAAGGUUCCUCAUUGAUUUCAGUUACCUUCUGACGAGGCAAGAAGGACAAGUGGGCUCCCCUGAGAAGCCUCUGUCAGAUCUGGGUCGCCUGUCUUACCUGGCUUAUUGGCGAAGCGUCAUGGUGGAGUACCUCUAUGAGCAGCGAGAUAAACACAUCAGCGUUAAAGGAAUCAGCAGAGCCACUGGGAUGUGUCCACACGACAUCGCUGCCACUCUCCAGCAACUCAACAUGAUUGACAGGCAGAAUGGCAGAUUUGUGAUCAUCCGAAGAGAGCGGCUGAUCCUGAAACACAUGGAGAGGCUGCGUGCCAACCCCCGGCUAAACCAGGUGGACCCGGACUCCCUUCGCUGGAGUCCAGCCGUCACCCUCAAUGCCGUCUUGUCUGAGGAGGAGAGGGAGGCAGAGAUGGAUGCUGAACGGCUAAAGGAGCAGGCCAGUAGAUGCUGGGAGGAGGAGAGUGACGUGUCCUGCCUGAUAAACAGCCGACUCCACCCUCGACCUCCCACUAAGGUUUACAGUAAGAACCCCCACCGGACCCAUGAGCCCCGCCCACCCUCUGCCGCCACAGACCGAGGCUUUCGCCACUCCGAUGAGCGUAGCGAGGAUGAGGACGACUCCGAUGGGUCGCCGCCCGUCUUGACGAAGGCCCACACCACGCUCGGGGUCAAGAGAAAGAGAGAGAAAGCGGAACGAGCUGUUGUGCUGAAAAGGGGUCGCAAGAGGAAAAGGGUAAAUAGCAGUGUCACCACAGAGACCAUUUCAGAGACGACAGAGGUUCUGGAUGAGCCGUUCGACCACUCUGAGGUGGAGAGGCCCAUGCCACUGCUAGAGCGGACCUGCAGGGUGGGGGAGAUGGAUGAGCAGGACGAGGUGCUGAGGAUACCAGUAAAGAGACGCAGAGGUCGUCCGCGGUUGGAGAAGAACAUCGAUCGAGAAUCAUGGAGAGAAGUAGGCGGCAUGGUGGCCAAGAAACCAGGCAGGCCUCGACUGAUGAAACGGAAGAAGGGCUGGCCCAAAGGAGUGAAGCGAGGCCCUCCGAAAUGGCGCCUGAAGAAGGAAAGAAAGAUGGGCUUCAAGCUUAACCUAUACACUCCCCCCGAGACGCCAUUGGAGGCAGAAGAGCACCAGAUCCAGGCAGAAGAGCAUCACAUCCGGGCUGAAGAGCCCAAGGUGGAGGCAGAGGACCAGGUCUCCACCAUUACAGAAGAGGGGUCAGAGCCUGGCAGAGACUUGUCUAUUCGGGCCAUGGAGAUGGACAAACGGCCAACUUCAGAGCUCCACAUUCCCAUGGAAAAAGCAAAUGCCAGUAAACAGAGCUCCCCUGAGGGUUCCCUGUUAUCUUCUCCGCUAGCCUCAUCUCCUCUAGCCUGUUCUCCGCUAGCCUCCCCAAUGGUCUCUAGAGCUAGCUCCCCUAUCUGCUCAACUGUCUGUUCUCCUGUUGGCUCCCCGAGUCGUGACAACGACAGCCAGGACGCCCCAGAGCAAGCGGAGGAUGACCUGGAGGACACCCCCUCUCCAUCUCCUCCUUUGUCCAAAGAAUUACAGCACAUCACUGAACAAUCAGCUGAGAAUGAGGAAGACGACGAAGAGGCCACUCACCUGGAUGCCGACGAUGAAGAUGAGAGUCACGUUGAGUCGACGUCGGUGGUAGAGAACGACCAGGAUAAACGGCAGGAUUCUGAGCCUUGUGAAGAGCCUCCAGAAGAGUCCUACAACACCCCAGCUUUUUUACACCCAAACCACCAAGACAAUAAGGAUCUUGCACGACCUCAGGAGGAGGAGCCUGUCGGGACAACCUAUAGGAACCUGGAAGAUACCAGGACUGGGCCAGAGAGAAGAGACAGUCUUCAGGAACAGGGACCAAAACCGGUCCCAGUGCCCUCAGACCAACCCAUUGACUCUGACUCCGACUCUGAGGGGAGCAGCGUUCAGGCCCAGCAGAGAGACAGAGACAGGCUUGGAGCGCUGAUACCUGCUGCCAUGUUGAGGGAGGAGGAGGAGGAGGAGGAGGAGGAGGAAGAGGAGAGAGAAGAGGAUCCAGAUCCCACAGUGUGUCGUGAGGUGGAUCAGGAGACUGCCCAGGCAGUGCAGAGCCUGACCCAGGAGACGGAGUGCGACCCAGAGACGCCGAGGGGCAGCUGCAGCUCCAUGUUCCAGCAAGAUUGCGUGGAUGCGGAGCCCCAGGAUGCGUGCCAGAGCCUGCAUGCCUACAGCCACCAGGUGGCUCUCCGGAGCCCCCCGCACACCCUGACCUCCCUGGAUGAGGGAUGCCCCCGGUCAGACCACAGCAGUCCCCUGUCCUCGGCCCACUCCCACCCGAGCCAGUCUGUCCGCUCCGCGGGCAGCCCGGCUGUGUCCGUCCUGGAAGGGGGCACUGGUAGUGUGGGGGGUGGGGGUAGCGGAGGCUUCGCCCAGAUCAGCCCUGACCAGGGCUCCGGCGGAGGGGCCUCCAUCUCCCUCCCGUCCUCCCUCCACAACAUGGAGACCAGCCCCAUGAUGGAUGUGCCGUCAGUGUCUGACCACUCCUCCCAGCAGGUGGUGGACAGUGGCUUUAGCGACCUGGGCUCCAUCGAGAGCACGACAGAGAACUACGAGAACCCCAGCUCCUACGACUCCACGCUGGGCGGCAGCAUCUGCGGUGGGGCUGGAGGUCCGGUUGGACCCGGGGGCCCGUCCCAGAACAGCUGCUCCUACGGCCCGCUCCCCCCCAGUGGCCUGGCCCAGAGCAGCUGUGCCGUGAACCCUGUGGGCUGUGGCAUGAUCCCGCAGAACAGCCUGAGUUCCCCGCAGCACUGCAACGUCAAGUCGCCGCAGGGCUGUGUUGGGGCGGAGCGGCCGCCGAGCAACAGCCAGCACAGCCAGAGGGUUCAGCACGGCCACGCUGUCACGCACAACCCCCACGGCCACACCAGACACCCGAUCACCCCCCACGGCCAACAUCCCCAGCACGUCCAACCGCACGCCGCCCCGCUCACUCAACACGGGCAGCUGACGCAGCCGCACAACGCCCACCCGCACACCACGCACAGCCAGGUGCACGCCGCCCACCACAGCCACCACGUCCAGCACGGCCAGCUGGGCCACCACGUCCAGCACAGCCAGCAUGGCCACGCCCAGCAGCAGGCGCUGUCCCAUUGCGGCAUGCUCACCAACUUCACCGCACCCAUGCAGCUGGCCGACAUUCCCGAGGCGGCCAGCCCCAACCUGAGCAGCAUCUACGACCGGAUGAGCCAGGAGGGCUACAGCGGCGGCCAUUACUCCCAGCCCACGGCCACCUUCAGCCUGGCCAAGCUGCAGCAGCUGACCAACACCCUGCCGUUCAGCCACGCCCACAGCCACGCCCACUCCCACCCAGUCACGUCCUAUGCAAACAGUGCCUCCCUGUCGUCACACUCCCAGCACUCAGGCCUGGUGUCUCUGUCCCAGUCACCUCACUCCGCCCACUCCCACGGUGGCCCCCCUCACCACGGGGCCCCCCAGGUACAGGCCACUAUGACCCCGCCUCCGCCCUCCUCCCACCCCCUCAACUCCCCUCAGAUGAUGCUGCAGCGCAACGCCAUGGGCCUCACCAACAUCCCCCCCUCGCAGAGGACUCUGCAGGCUCAGAUGGUCUCCGGGGGCCCCAAGGGCCCCACACACAUCUCCAUGCGUUCCAAGUCAGCAGCCCCCAGCCUUGCCUCACACCCCCACCACCAGCAGCAGAUGUACAGCCACGCCCGCGGGGCCCCCCAGACUGUCGCCAUGCAGGCCCCUUCAUCCCGGACGCUGUCGGCCAUGCCCCGGGGCAUGGGCGCGGUAAACAUCAUGCCGGCGCCUGGCAACCCCUACAACCACGCCGUCAGCGUCAACUCCAUGAACAUGCCAGCGGCCGCCAUCAACCACGCCAUGAACGGCUACCGCGUCGCCUCCCAGGGCGCGGCCAUGAUGGCCGGCAGCGGUUACCACGGCAACCAGAUGGCAAGCCAUCAGAUGGCCGCCUACAUUAACCAGUCGCCUGGCGCCCAGUACGCCUCUAUGCAGAUGGGCAUGAUGGGAACGCAGCCAUACCCCCAGCAGGCCAUGCAGACCGGGCCGCACGGCAACAUGAUGUAUUCCCCGGCCGGUCACCACGGCUACAUGACCAACAGCGGACCCAUGUCCAAGCAGACGCUCAAAGGGCCGUUCAUCAGACGCUGACCCCUGCUGCUCGCUGCGUGCCGUCGCCAGACUGUAACCACGUCAGUGGACUGGCUGGGGGGGCGGGGGCAGUGCUGUUAAUCUGAGAUGCAGACAUUUGGCCUUUCAUUUUUAUUUUUUGUUCAAUAACGUUUGUCUUUUUUUGUUUGUUUGUAGUUAUUUUAAAACCAGCACUUGGAGAGAAUGCGAAACGUUUCAUGGACAAGCAGACUUUCUACAAAAAGCUACUAUCUAUGUAAAAGUAUUUUUGUUCCUAACGGACGGGAAGCCUUACGUCAUAAAGAUGAAACUUUAUUUAAUUAGUAUU